AGACACGAAAGGGGCACUAUUUUAACUCAACCUUUUCCCGUGAUCACCACCGAAAUUACUGAUCAGUCAAUCACCUCAGAUCUCUCAAGCAGUCCAGCCUACGCACCAGUACUCCACCUCUGCGCCUGCGCGGGGAGGGUAAGGCGGGGCCAGCAACUUCCUCGCGGGGAGGGAGAGUGCACAGUGGAGCCGCCAGUUGAGAAAGACUCUGAUCCGGCUCAGCUUUCCAAUCAGCUGCGGAAGGAGCCACGCUUUCUGGUUUGCAACAUGGCGGCCACCAGUGGAACUGAUGAACAGGUUUCCGGGGAGUUGGUGUCUGUGGCACAUGCGCUUUCUCUCCCAGCAGAGUCGUAUGGCAACGAUCUGAUUUCAUCAGUUGACCCACAGUUCCUGAAACUCACCAAAGUAGAUGACCAAAUUUACUCUGAGUUCCGGAAAAAUUUUGAGACCCUUAGGAUAGAUGUAUUGGACCCAGAAGAACUCAAGUCAGAAUCAGCCAAAGAGAAGUGGAGGCCAUUCUGCUUGAAGUUUAAUGGGAUUGUUGAAGACUUCAACUAUGGUACUUUGCUGCGACUAGAUUGUUCUCAGGGCUAUACUGAGGAAAACACCAUCUUUGCCCCCAGGAUACAAUUCUUUGCCAUUGAAAUUGCUCGGAACCGGGAAGGCUAUAACAAAGCUGUUUAUAUCAGUGUUCAGGACAAAGAAGGAGAGAAAGGAGUCAACAAUGGAGGAGAAAAAGGAGCUGACAAUGGAGAAGAAGAGAACACCAAGAAUAGAGGAGAGAAAGGAGCUGAUAGUGGAGAAGAAAAAAAGGAAGGAAUCAACAGAGAAGACAAAACUGACAAAGGAGGAGAAAAAGAGAAAGAAGCUGACAAAGAAAUCAACAAAAGUGGUGAAAAAGCUAUGUAAGGUAUACAGGGAACAGCACUCUAGAAGCUUUGACUUAAUUGAGUCUACAAGUGCCACGGUGCUACUUGCAUAGACCCCUUUGGUAAAAUGUAAAUUCAUGUACAAUUGAAGGAUACUCAGGAGGACAUCUUUCUAGUCUAACAGUCAGGAACUGCUCUGGUCAUUCCCUUGUAUGAACUGUUCUAAAGACUAUUAGUGGGGUGUUAAUUGAUUUUUCCUGGUAUACUGUUGCUUGGAUGACACCACUGGUCAAGUAAGAAAUUUGUAAAUAAAUUUCUUUUGGUUCUUAUUAUCUA